GCCAUCUCGUGCUACCCCUCAUAUAUCUUCUAAUUUCCCCUUAUUAUCAUCCCAUAGUUGAUCGAUGUGAUUGCAUCUAUCACUCAAUCCCAUCUCGCCGCGGUAAACAGUGCUGCGACCCAUAUUGUCAGCUACUUGAGUUCUGGACUUACUUGUUGAUGAUACCCUUACCUUGAUCGUACCGCAUUUGGCUUUCCCGAGCCACAUUGCGACGUUUAAUUCGGAUUGUACCGCGAAACUUGUCAUUCAAGAAAUUAAACAUGAGUGUGUAUUCUGUAUUCCAGCAACAACAUUUAAGCAGAAGCCGAAACUAACACAAAGUCCACCAGCUUCCAUUGCUACUACGACUGAUGCACUUACGACUGCUCCGGUAAAUCAAACUGGUCUGUUGGCAAAUGCGCCAGAUAAUCUCGAUGCCAAGAUUUCGAGCGAAAUUCAUGCUUUAGAUCACGAAUCCUCCCUUGACCACGAUGGGCUACUAAGACCUACUGAGGAAGAGAGAACUACUCUGCGUAGAGUCUCUGGUUCAAUUCCUUGGACUGCUUAUAUGAUCUGUCUCGUCGAAUUUGCAGAGCGCGCAAGCUAUUAUGGUUGCCAAUUUGUGUUUUCGAACUUUGUCCAAUUUCCACUUCCGUAUGUGUUUAUAGAUUCUGGAGAAUGCCUCUUGGAAUGCGUGUUUAAGCUGACAAAAUAGUAGGAAGGGCGGAAAUGGAGCUGGUGCAACGCCCGCAGGUACCCAGCAAACACCAGGCGCUUUGGGCAAAGGUCUAACUGUUUCAUCCGCGCUUAAUCUCUUGUUUAAAUUCCUAGCAUAUACAAUUCCUGUCUUUGGGUUCGUUCAAUCAUUUCUCGUUUUCUUUUAUCUCUUGCUAAAGAAAUUUAUAGAGGAUGGCUCGCAGAUACCAAACUAGGACGUUUCAAAACUAUCUGUAUCGGAGUGUUUGUUUUUGGAGUUGCGCAUCUUGUUUUAGUACUUGGAGCCCUACCUAGUGUAUUACAAGCUGGUCAUGGCAUGGCACCUUUCGUCAUUGGAAUUAUAACCUUGGCUUUUGGAGCUGGUAUGUUUUGCUAGACUUGUUUCAUUUUACAAUGCUAAUCAAUGCUACAGGUUUGUUCAAGAGUAAUGUUUCUCCAAUGCUUCUCGACCAAGACACACAAAAGGGACUCAUCGUUAAAGCUCUACCCGAUGGCGAAAAAGUCAUUCUUGACCCAGAAGUUACUGCUCAGAGACUCGCUCUCGCUUUCUAUGGUAUGGUGAACGUCGGAGCAUUCUUUGGUAUCGCCACAACAUAUUCUGAAAAGAAGGUUGGAUUUUGGUUGGCCUACGGAUUACCAAUGAUUCUUUACCUCUUACUUCCAAUAUUGCUAUGGGUAAUGAAUAAGAGAUUAGUCAAGUAUCCUCCACAAGGGAGUGAUAUUGGAAAAUUCUUCAAAGUUAUUGGCAUCGCAAUUAGAAGAAAUGGCCUGAAAGGAUUUGGUCGUAAAGGUUAUCUCGACGCUGCAAAACCUUCUGUACUCGCCGCACAAGGUAUUACUGGUGAUCAUAAUGGCAAACAAAUGGACUGGACCGACGCCUUUGUCGAGGAUGUUAAGAGAUCUCUGGAAGCCUGCACCAUUUUCUUGUUUUUUCCAAUCUAUAACUUGAACGAUGGUGGUAUAGGAAAUAUCACAACAUCCCAAGGAUCAGCGAUGGUAACUAACGAUGCACCUAACGAUCUCCUCAACAAUUUUAAUGCUCUUACGGUUAUCUUUACCAUACCUCUUCUUUCUUACGGCCUUUAUCCUCUUUUACGUCGUCACAAAAUUCAUUUUGGUCCUAUCAAGAGAAUAACAUUGGGUUUUCUUAUUGCCGCGGUGUCAUCUGCUAUCGGUGCAAUCACUCAAUGGAGAAUUUAUGAAACAUCUCCAUGUGGAUAUUAUGCAACUGGCUGCGAGAUAGGAACGGGCGUUGCUCCAAUUAGUAUCUGGUGGCAACUUCCUCAGUGGUCACUAGGAGGUAUAUCGGAAUGUUUCGCCAACGUCACUGCUCUUGAACUCGCAUAUUCUAGAGCUCCUGCAAAUAUGAAAGGUAUGAUAACCUCUAUGUAUUUGUUUUCCGUAGCUCUUUCUGCUGCGAUUGCACAAGCUUGUACUCCAAGUUUAGCGGACCCAUAUUUGAUUUGGCCUUAUGUUGCACCAGCGGUGGCGGGAACUUUAUUGGCAAUUUGGUUUUACUUCUUGUACAGAGAUCUUGAUAAAGAAGAGUAUGUUCGGGGAGGUGCUGCCGAGACUAUAGGUGAGGAACAAAGAGUGGAACAUAGGGAGUCAAUUAGUGGUGAUGGUAACCAAAAAGUCAGACCAGAUGAAAAGGUUUAGAUGUGGUUUAUUUUCCUGUCGGAAAGUUGAUGCGAUGAUUGGUGGUGGUCUUUUGAUGCUGUUAAAGAGCAUGCUUAUGGUAACGGUGAUCGGAGAAAUCUUUAUUUUAUUCAAGUACUUUUGGGAUAAUGAAUCAGUCGAGAGAGUAUGGGAGAUGAUGAGAACUAUUACAGAAAUUAGGUAUGGGGGUCAGAGGUGAUUGUACAGUCUACUAGUUUGGACUAUUGAGCAAUGCGCAAAGCACACUAUUCAGAAAAAGUGUGACGAUUAGGAAUAAGAAAUGAUACAAUUUUGAAAAAUUUCCACGCCCUACCAAAGACCACCGAAUUUUUUCAUCGGAUAAUGAAUUUAUUUUGGCAGUUGAAUUACUUCGAUGUUCAUAAUUAUUUAUUUAUCGAAAGAGCAUGUACGGCGUCGCAUCGAUUGAUAGUGAAGUAGUCAGUCACGGCCUUGGUAAAGAAAGGGGACUUGAUGCUCUCGCCUUUAGCCC